AUGGAACACGUCAAACAUAGGAUUGUAAAUAAAUAUCAACUUGAUAAUUUUUCAAAUUCUUUGUCAGUACCUCUCGCAAAGGCCAUUUUGGGUCUUCCAGUUGGUAAAAUGGAAGCGGCUAAAAAAGAGAAUGUGAAAGUUGAGGACCACGAAUUAGGAAAAUUUCUAACCUAUAGAGAUCUUGUUUCAAUGGGAUUUGUGAACCUGGUUCCGGCAAAAGCACACUACCUUAUUCGUUUACCUUACCUAUGGGUAUAUGCAAUCGCUGAAUAUUCCACUGACCCUGAAUUGUUGAUGAUGCAUUGGAAACCCAUGUUACAAUAUGAUGAUCCAAAUAAUUGGCAGAAUUUUGAAGACUUUAAUGCCAAAUUCUUGGCAUUGCGCCUCAGUCUUUUUCGUUUACUAGGAUAUGAGAAAAUUAAUUUGAAGACACUUUUAAAGGGUGCGGAAUUCUCGCAUGAAUUUCCGAAUUUUGAAGUUGUCUUACCUAAAACUAAAGAUAUCAAAUUGUACAAAUUACUACAUCGAUAUCCAGCCACUAAAACUUACGAGAAACAAAAAGCGAAAUAUGUAAACUUGACAGAAAUGAGAAAUGGUUAUUUCGACCUUGAUUUACUUGAUGAUACCAAGAAAUACACUGGUUGUAUCUUUCUUAAUGCUGCUGGAGCACCCUGGGAUUAG